GCUCAAACAAUAACUUUUUGUCGUAAAUUUUCAUUCGCGCAAAAUGUAUAGUAAAAACUCCAGUGUGAACAACAAACUCAUGUAGGGCAAAAACUGGUGGCUUUAUUAAACGUCGCGCACGUGUCUUGGAAGUUUGAAGGAACCAUCCCACGAGCUGUUAUACGUGUUUAAACUGUUCAAGUGAAACAUAAAAUUGCAAUAUGCCGCAAGCAACUACUUUAACGUACUUCUUAUCUGGACACUUCUAUACGAUCCUAAACAUAGGCAUCGUCGUGUGUACGUUCGUAGAAUCUUAUAUGUUCCCGUUCACUAUAAUCAAAUGGAUGAUAAUUCUCGCCAAAUAUAGAGAUGUUGGGAGUUUGUUAAAAGGGUGUAUAGCGAGUCCGGUUACGCCUUCACGGUCACGGUAUAAUUACACAUUGAAACUGAUGACUAUGUACAAUAGUCAGAGAGUUGAGGCACAAACGGUGACGCAAAACGAAUCUUAUGUUAGCGUUGUUAUGGAGAGCGACAGAGGAGAAGCUUAUGAUGAUAUCCAGUUGACCUAUUGUGGGCAGGAUUGUCAACGAAUACCACCUGCGCUAUGGAAAAUGUAUGGUGACAAAGUCAGAUAUUUAGACCUUAGCUACAACAGUAUCGAAACCUUGAAGGGCCUGGAGCAAUUCCAACGGCUGGACGAGCUGAUACUGGACAACAAUGAGAUAGGGGACGGGGUCGGGUUCCCCUCGCUGCCUCAUUUGCGGACGCUCUCCCUCAAUAACAACCGGAUUACGGACCUGGACGGAUUCGUGAAUAAAAUCAGUGAAUGCUUCCCGUCCUUAUCGUAUCUAAGCCUCCUUAGCAACAAGGCCUGUCCCAACCAACUUUCGGACCUCGAUAAAGAUGAAUCCGAUUAUCAAAGAUACAGAUACUUCGUAAUAUACAAGCUGACCAACCUACGCUUCCUGGAUUCUCGGCGCGUAAGCUCAAGUGAGCGCGCGCAGGCGGAUACGCGGGGCUCGUUCACGCGCGUGCGGCGCCCGCUGCCCGAGCCCGAGGACACCAGGCCCCGCGCCGCGGGGAGGGUGCGACCCCUGCCGGUGGACUUUAGCGCGUUGGGCAAACACAGAGGAGCCUACGGAAAAUGCAACUACAAGUACACCGGCAAGCACUCAGAGGGCAACAGGUUUAUCGUGAACAGCGACCUGUGACGUCAUCACAACCGUAUCACUAGAGUUGUCAAGUGAAAUUGAUUUUAGGGAUUUGGUUUGGGCCAUACAUUUAUACUUGUUUAUAAUUAAGUGUACAGUGCUAUGCGCGAGCAUGCUAUAGGUACUCGUAAUAUUGAGGUACGUACCUAUAUAGAGGGACUAGAGGGACAAUAACACUUUUUGUAGACUAGAUUUUUUUAAUUGGUUGCAAAAUUACAUAAUUUUAGAAAUUGAUUUAGAGAACCUGUUUGAUCUUUGUUUAGUCCUAAAAUAAACAUUCGGCAUGGUCAAAUUAUUUUAUUAUUCAAAAAUCAAACGAGUAUUAGUUUAGGCAAAAGGAAAUUGGGAGAAAGAGAAUAGGUACAAAAUAAUUGUGUUCCUGUCCAACGGGUAUUUAAACGGCCUCUAAUAUAAUUAUUUUCAGCAGCAGUCACGAUCUCAUUGUCAUUUUUGGUUUCUGAUGAUAUCUAGCAUAGCACUUAUGCGUUUAUUUUAAUUGGUUGUUUUUUAUAUUAUUUUCAGUACGUAAUUUACUUACUAUGUAAGAUGGCGUGUAAGGGUGGUAUUCCACCUGUCCAAUGUCAGUGCGUCACACUCUCUCAGUAAAGCAAAAUGUGAGAUGCAAUACACAUUGGACAAAGAAAUUGGAUAGGUGGAAUGGGU